AUGCCUGACACAACGACAACGACACCAUCUCCACAACCUCCAUUAGAAACUGAAAACAGCAGCGAACAACCUUCCGAAGAGUUAUUGAACAUUGACAAGAAUGAAGACUAUCAAUCAGUCCUACAAGCAUUGCAAGUGCUGAAGCAGCAGUUGACAAUCGCUACUAAUGAUGUACAGGUGCUUGGCACUCUGAAAUCUGAAGCACUCGAGGAUCCCUAUACGUUCAUUGGCAACCUGAGGAAAAAGACAUCCAAGAGCAAGAUGCCAAAAUUACAAAAAGUGGUUGCUGUGCCCAACAUCAAUUGGAAUAAAUACCGCUUUUUGCCUGAAUCAAGAAUCGUGCAACAGCAGGCUGCUUUAAAUGAUUUGAUAUUACAGACCAAACGAUCUGCUUACUGCAACAUCUUGGACACAUCGAUGGAAUAUACCACCAAUGCCACAACACCUGUCGCUGUAAAAAAUCUUCAGCAAGAAUUAGUGAGGGCAACACAAGCCAUGCGUCAAAUCCCCUCACGUGCCAAUUCCGUUUCAGACUUUUCAGAGGAUGAAGAUGAUUCAGAGAGCGUCGCAACGAAAGCAACACCUAGAUUAAAGACGACCCCUAGAUCAAUACGCGGUAUAGCACCACCAUCAGAGAGACGGACCGUGUCUGGAAAAGGCAAAGGAAAAAGGAGAACAUCCACUGUUCAAACUGGAAGAGAUUUGCAGUCGAGCACCAUGGACAUGUCAGAAACAGAAAGUCCUAUUAGAUCAAGACUUCAAUCAAUCGAGCCUCGUACACCCGAUGAAUAUACACCUGUGGAAACAAAUUCAGACGAUCCAUCUCGUGCUCCGACAUUCAAGCAGCCUUGGUCAGACCAAGAACAGGAACGUUUGCAAGAGCUUUUGAUCACUUUUCCAGACGAACCUGUGCAGGCUCAGCGAUUCAAUAAAAUAUCCAAAGCAUUAGGCACGCGAACACCACGGCAAGUGGCGAGCAGAGUGCAGAAAUACUUUAUCAAGUUGGCUAAAAUGGGGUUACCUGUUCCUGGAAGAAUCACUAUUCCUCCUUCGUGUAUGCCUAAAGGCGAUAACGGUAUCAAAAAAGUAAAAACGAAAGCAAAACCCAAAAAUCAAGGUCGCAUCUCCAAACCUGCUGCCCCUCCUGCAUUACGCACCACGGGUGUUGGCUACAACAGUGCUAUAUCUGGUGGCAUUACAAAUACAAGAAUCUCCGGUGGCCAUUAUGCGAAUACAACGGGCCCUCCAGCUGUGUACAUGUCAGACGAUGAGGAGGAUUCAAAUGUCAAGGAAAUGAUGCGCAAUGCGACGAAUGGAACAACUGAAACGAGUGAUCUAGUGAUUCACGAAGGGUUUGCCUGUGAUUCUUGUGGCGCAGAGCCCAUUGUAGGUGUAUUGUACAAAUGUACCAUGUGCGAUAUGAGCGAAGAAGUUGAUCUAUGUGGCAAUUGCAUGGAAAAAGGCACAUUUACAAAUGAUCACCAUACACUAGACCAUACAUUUGAAGCGGUGCGCACUGCAAAUCCACUACCGUAUUAUGCUGAUAACGACUAUAAAUCACCCGAACACUUGGGAGAGUAUAGUUAUCUUGGAUUCUAG